AUGAAAGAGUUACGGUUUUUAAACGUGUUCAAUUACCUGUUCGUUGCACCAACCUAUCUUACGGUGGACGCAACAACAAGACACUACAUCUACCAUCGCAGAAACAAUGUCUUGAACACCGUCGUUCUUACAACCGCGUUUACGGUGUUUGUCUCAGCCGGAAUAUUUGUCGCCUUAAACGAAUACUUUUCACUGACCUCGUCCGUGAUAGGCUCAGUAACAAUUAUCUUAUACACUACACGUAUCCUGGUCAUGGCCCCGCUCAUUUUCUGGACACUGGUGUGUAAUCGGCUUCUACUCGAAGUGUUCAACCGUGCACUAGUAAUCGAAAGAGCCAUCCAACAACUUCGUCCGUAUGGAUCUAGCACAUUCAAUCUCGGUGGGUUACGUGCACUCCUGAUGGAGGUCACUAUAACGCUGGCAACGCUCGGUAUCGAAUGGGGGUCAAAUUGCUACUUCCUGUGGAAAGAUGAAACCAUUGAGUUCGCAACUGAACUAGACGAGUUUAAGCGGCAAAUCGCGUCCACGACUAGUUUUUUUCAUAUCCUUUACGUUUUGGAUGCCCUCGUGAAGUGCUCUUCAAACGCAUAUACUAUAUUUUUUAUGAUUGAUAAUGGCAUACGCUUGGAGAUGAUAACCUCUGACAUCAUGAAGCUGAUAUUGGACGGAUCAUUGUUCUUCUUGUAUACCUACCGGUACAAUUUCAUCAACCAAAAGUCUAACAGCGACGGUUAG